UCCAGGCUGCUGGCUCUCUUCCCAGGGCUCCUCCACUCGCUGCCCCGCCCGCUGGUAUUUGAGGCCCAAGACGGCUCUGAAGCUUCCGUCCAGCGUCUCCGCCUGCUCUUGGCUGCUGCUCGGAGACUCCAGGCUCGCCAUCAUGGAUUCUCUAUCAAAAGCCAAUGGCACCUUUGCCCUAAAUCUUCUGAAAGUGCUGACUGAAGACAACUCAAAAAAUGUGUUUUUCUCGCCUAUGAGCCUGUCCUCCUGCCUGGCCAUGGUUCUCAUGGGAGCAAAGGGAAACACCGCAGCCCAGAUGACUAAGGCACUUUCUUUUAAUGAACGUGGCGAUGGAGGUGUGGACGUCCACCAGGGCUUCCAGCAGCUUCUCAGUGCAUUGACCAAGCCUGACGCGCAGUACUUGCUGAGGACGGCCAACAGGCUCUUCGGGGAAAAGUCUUACGAGUUCCUCUCUUCCUGCUGCAAAUUCUAUGAAUCAGAAAUGGAAGAGCUCGACUUUAUAGAUGCUACAGAGAAGUCCAGAAAGCACAUAAACACUUGGGUCGAAAAAAAGACAGAAGGUAAAAUUACAGAAUUGCUGUCUCCAGAUUCAGUGAAUUCACUGACUAAACUAGUUCUCGUCAAUGCCAUCUACUUCAAAGGAAACUGGGAAAAGCAGUUCAACAAAGACUUUACCAGGGAGAGCCCAUUCAAAGUCAGCAAGGACGUGGUGAAACCAGUGCAAAUGAUGUAUAUGAAAUCGACUUUUAAAAUGACUUAUAUAGGAGAAAUAUUCACCACAAUCCUGGUGCUGCCCUAUGUCGGCCAGGAGCUGAACAUGCUCAUCAUGCUUCCAGAUGAAAACACUAACUUGAAAACGGUGGAAGAAGAAAUAACUUAUGAGAAAUUCUUAGACUGGACGAGGGAUGAUAUGAUGGAUGAAGAAGAGGUGGAGGUCUCCCUCCCUAGGUUUAAGCUGGAGGAAAAUUACGACAUGGAGGCCGUCCUCCGCAAGCUGGGCAUGACUGACGCCUUUGACCAGGGCAGCGCAGACUUCUCCGGAAUGUCGUCCAGGAGAGACCUGUUCCUGUCCAAGGUCGUGCACAAGUCCUUCGUGGAGGUCAACGAGGAGGGCACCGAGGCCGCGGCAGCCACCGCCGCCAUCAUGAUGAUGCGCUGUGCUAGGAUCACACCCAGAUUCAGGGCCGAUCGCCCCUUCCUGUUUUUCAUCAGGAAGCAGCAGACCAAUGGGAUCCUGUUUGCUGGCCGCUUUUCCUCCCCGUGAGGACGGCCACCUGCAGCCCUUCCCUUUCUCCUGCUGCCCUUUCCCUCUGACACUCCUCUUGUGCCUGCCACCCAAGUGACCUUAUCAGUGUUGUGACAACAGUUCAGAAAUAAAGGUCCUGAUUGUGGAA